GAGUGGAACCAGUUGGUGGAUCGGCUGUCCAAUGAGGCAGUUCCUCUCGCAGAGGACGAGCGGGUGAUUGUUCCCUCCGCUGGAGCUGUGCCCCUUCUCGCUCCUACCAUGGCGUCCGGGUUAAUGCUGCGGCUUGAUGCGGAGGGGCGGGCGAUCGACUUUGACGCAUGGCUGCUCAACGCCACACUCCACCUGCGGAGCCAGCUCCUGGGUAACGUCACCCUGACCAGGAGGCUCACCGCGUAG